AACUGAGCAACCCAGGCACGCCUAAUCAUAAUACUUUAGGAUCGUACGUCACGUUGAACCCUGAAAUCAUUAAAAGUGGCUAAAGCGAAGCACCAGAGCAAUCAGGUUUAAAACAUGUGCCCUGUUGCCCAGGAAUGAGUAGUUUUCUGCCAUUAUCAUGAUGAAUGAUUUCACACAGCAGGUUUGUGUUGGUUGGUCGUGGCAAGGCUGGCGGGAAAGGAGAGCAGCUGGCAGGACUCAACCCGGUCUGGAAACCAUGGCGCAGCCUCCGUUCAGAAGGUUGCUUCCCUCAAGUGUGGGGGGAGGAGGGAGUCAGGAGACCGGAGGGAAGAUUAGUCUGACCCAAGCGCUCUGGGUAGAUAAGAGCGAAGUCUUAAGAUGAUCAUGCAGGAGAAUAUCUUUAAAAAAAAUCUUUUUUUUUUUUUUUAAAGUAGCGGUCAGGGUUCUGAGGCUUGGUCCUGUUGGCCCUUCUCUUCGUACCGCCUUCCAAGCUCCCGGUUCACACACAGCGCUCUGCUGGUACCAGUGGCUCGGGAUAGGUCCGGGGAGCCUCGCUGUCUCGCCACUAGUCCCGGCCACAGGGGCCAGGGAGCGAGGGAUCUUUUUCUCCUGAGGAGUCUAGUUCUACUCAGACCCAUUCUGGAGGACAAGCGGGCAGAGACCCAGAUUCCAGCUCUCGGAAUCAGCUGCCUCUGGAAUCGCCUCUGCUUCCUGCCAGGAAGAGCCAGGAGAAGUGGCAACAUGUGUUAGCUGUUGACAAUUAAGAAAAGGCUUAGGAGGAGAAGCUGAAGCCAGAGAGGUUGCCGUGACAGCGGAUAUGAUCACCCCGACUCUUUCCGAAAUCGGAGGGAGGACCUUGGAGGCCAGGACUCUUCAGGUGACUGAGGGCAGCCUGGACAGAGACAAAGACCAGAGCAGCGCCAUCUUUUCUGGGUUUGCAGGAUUCCUUGCCAUCCUCCUGACCACUGUGAUUUUCUACAGCCUGUGGAACUGGAGUAAAUGGAAGAAGUACCGACAAGCUCCUUACUUUCGAGUUACCGUCAUGCCCUUACUGUCUCUGUCUCGACCCAGACAAGGAGCUAAAAAUAUUUAUGACUCCUUACCCCAGAGGCGAGAAGAGCUAGGGAGACGUCAGUCAAGAAGUAACCGUAUUUUUAGUACUGAGAGCCUCCUGUCCAGAAAUUCCAAUAGCCCUCCAUCAGAGCCUGUGCCCUCCCAAGCAGGCAAUGGCCUCUGGCUGCACGGAGACCAUGCUCCUGCCAACGUCUAUGCAGUGGGCAUCUAUGACAAUGCCACAUGGCUCCAGAUGUGUGGGGACCUCACUCCCUCGGCAAACUAUGUCAAUAUCAGAACAGCCGGAGACUGCCGGAGCAUUUCUUCAGAGGAUUCAAGAGAUUACAUCAAUGUCCCCACAGCAGAGGAGAUUGCUAAGGCUCUAGCUUCUACCAACAGCACCCCUGAGAACCUCUUCGCCCUCCCAAGUGCCCAGGAGCUAGAUCUGGAGCUUAUUGAGGAAAAAGACAAGAGCUAUGGGAAUGGCAGUGACCAUGCCAGUUUUGGGUCUCCAAGAUCCAAGAGUGAUGAUCCACUCAGUGAUGAGGAAGGCUCAUCUGAGACCUCGAAUGACUAUGUCAACAUGGCAGGGUUGAAUCUUGAGACCCUCCAGGGGAAGCAGCCCCGGAUGGCUUUCCAGUGCUAUAGAGAUUAUGAAAAUGUCCCAUCAGCACUUACCAAUGGAAACCAGCAGCAGGUGGAAGAAGAAGUGAUCCCCUCAAACACAGACCACGUAGAAGGCAGGACGGAGAGUCCAGAUACCCACAUCCAAUUUGUCAUGCAAGCAGGGAGGGUUCUGGAUCUAGGGGAACCUGUGACCCGUCAGCCAUCUGCACAGAGUGAGACUAGUCAGAUAGAACAUGGAGAAGAAAUGUCAAAUGACACUUCUAGUGACUAUGAGAAUGUGCUACCUGCCAAGUCAGGAGAUAGGGACUCCAAGCACGGGCCACACACAUAGCUCCUUCCUGAUGAAUUAGGACCCAGGCACCCAGCUGAAGAGUUCCAUGGAGUAGUCUAUCCUGCUGGAUCCAUAGCCACUACAGGGGCUGGUGUAGACCACUGACCAUCCUUGUAUUUCAGGGUUCUUUCAGGUAGACUACAAAGAGGCUGAGAUACACAGAAGUUUAAGGGACUCACAAAAGCCAACAUCUGGGAAAGCCAGAAAGGAAUUCUUCUCAAGCAGGGUGCUGGUAACUCUCAUACCAACCUAAGAAUGUUUGCUGAAACUGCCUUAUAGGAUGGUUACUAGAUUUAAAGUGAGAGUACUUUCAUGCACAGUAGAAACAUGAGGUGUCCAAAAUUGUUACCUUGUAAUCCUGGCAGAAGCCAAGAAGAAGGAAGAAGUCAGAGCUGGGGUGGGGUGGCAGUUUCCCGUUGAAAAAGUGCAUUUGUCAAAACACAAACUACAAAAUGCUAGAGAAGAUGUGGACACCAGAGGGUCAUUCAUUGCAACUGUUUGGCAGUUUCUUUUAAACCUGCAAUGACUAUACAGCCAACCCAUUCCACUCCUGGGUGUUUACCAAGAGAACUGAAAACUUGUGUUCAUACAGAAGCCCAUAUAUGACUAUUUAUAGCAGCUUUAUUCACAAUUGCCAAAACUAGAAAUAACCCAGAUGUCCUUCAACAGGUCAAUGGAAAAAUGAACUGCGGCAUAUCCAUGUAAUCCAUGUAAUAAAGUUAUCUAUACUCAGCAGGAAAAAGGAAUGAACUAUUGGUUUGUGCAACAACAUGGACAAAUCUUAAAUACAUUUUGCUAAGUGAAAGAAACUAGACCUAAAAAUCUACCCAUUGUAGGAUUCCACUCAUAUGACAUUCUGGAAAAGGCAAAACUAUAGGGAUGGAAAACAGAUCAGUGGUUGCCAGGUUUAGGGAAAGGGAAGUUCACUCCAGAGGAAUUUUUAGGUUGGUGGAGUUCUUCCGUAUUGUAUUGUGGUGAUGGAUACAGGACUCGGUGCAUUUGUCAAAACACAAACUAUAUAGCACCACGAGUGGCUUUUACGGUAUGUAAAUUUUUUUAAUUAACCACGCUGUCAGGGAAAGCCAUGAUGGAAUGCAGAUUAAGACAAAUAAAGCUAACUAUAUUACAGAUGAAUGGGGUGGGAGG